CAGAUCCGGACCCGCACACCUGGACCACGACGCAGACGCAACGCCAGGUGAAGACCAAACACCGGGACCAGGAUCAGACCCAGACCCAGACCGGAUCGAGGUGGAGGACUAGUCUGGGUUUCCUUCUUCUCUGAAAAAAGUAAAAGUACACCAUGGGGGAGGCACCAGGAAAAGACAAUGGAGCAGUGACACGAUCAGCAGAGUACGUGGGUUCAUUUCCUGUGGACGACCGCUGUCUGGAUGACCAAAUUGAGCAACUGCACACACAGCUCAAGUCUCUGAGAAUAUGCAAGAGAAGGAGACCUGUGUCCCUGAAAUUCUCCAUCAAAGGGGUGAAAAUGUACAAUGAGGAUGAAACGACCCUCCUGAUGGCCCACGCCCUUCGGAGGGUGUCCCUGUCCAUGGCCCGGCCCAGUGAUUCGCAGUUUGCCUUCGUCUCCCACAACCCAGGAAGCCCCGACGCUCAGCUCUACUGCCAUGUGUUUAAAGCAAGGCACGCCAGAGCAGCCCAGUUCCUGAACCUGCUGCUGUGCCGCUGUUUCCAGCUGUCGUACUUGGAGAAGCACCCAGAGGAGGCGCAGCAGGACUCGGCCGGACAGACGCCUCGCCGCAACCCCUCCCUCCUCAACCACGGCUUCCCCCUCAGCGUCAGCGCCCUGGUGUCCUUCAGGAGGGCCCCCUUCAGAGGCUUACUGCCAGGGACUAAGAAGAGUUCGAAGUCUUCGGACGACCAGCACAGCAGCCAAGAUGACGCCUUCUCCACCUCCUCCCCUUCACUGAUGCGCAAGAAAGCCAUUCGCAACAAAGUGCUGCGUUCGGGGGCGUACCGCUCCUUCACCUUCACCCCUCUGAAACAGCGCAGCCUUCAGGAGCGACUCACUGCAUCGCAAGCAAAGGAACCCAACAAGGCCCCGGCGAGGAGGUCCCGUGCUCCGAGUCUGGCAGAGACAGAAGAAGCGCUGGCUCACGCCGUGUGGUGCUGGGCUGGGAUCGCAACUGACAGCAGCUACUCCCUGCUCGCAGACGACGUGUUGGGAUCGUACCUACUGUGCCCUCACCCCAAAAAACCCAAAUGUGGCUCUCUCAUCAUUCGAUUUCCAUCUGGUCUCGUCACCCACCUCAUAGAAAACACUCGGAAAGGGAAAUUCCUGCUGGAGAAAUGUAAGACUGAAUUCGGCUCCAUAGCGGAGCUCAUUGAACACUACACUGAGGCGCUGGAUGAGUUACCAUGCCGACUGAGCUGCGCGCGAGUCAAUCACUGUUACGAGUGGGAGGAACCCUCCAGAAACCCAGCGCCCGUCAAAGUGCAGAAAAGCCUCAAGAAAACCAGACUUAAAAGUACCCACUUUAAGGCGUGGAUUUAACCCUGUACACUGGAACAUGUGGAUGGACACCGUCCACACAUUCACCAUAUGGGACACCUGUUUGUUUGUUUUGCACAUGUUUUUUACCUUUAAAUCACUUUUGGUGUUGUGAGGAGCUGCCUGCUCUGGGUGUGCCGCUUCACACACUUUAAACACAAAGCACAUGUUGAUGGAACAGUGUAAACGUCAUGUCUUCCAAGUAAUGGUACCUACUUUACCUACAGCUUUAAAUACUUUAGUAUACGCUGUAAUAUGUUGUUAUUUGCCUCUUUUUUAGUUUUUCAUCAUAAAGUUUUAAGAAUAUUUUUGUGUGCCUCAGAGGUAACAGUGGAGUUUAUUGUUGUUUGUGUAUAUAUCUAUUUUUUAUACAUGAAACUAAAGGUUUCAGGACCAAAUGUAUGUUUUUGUACCAAUCGACUGCUGCACUUCAUGACAGCAGCUGUUUUUUAAUCCAUGUUUUGUAAAAUGUCAUGCAAAUAUAUUUGCUCAAAUUUGAUUCUU